UCUCUCUCCCUGGCAGGGCGGCUAGUUCAAGUUGCCAUAGCGGCGGGGUGGGUUGGGAGCUGGCUGGGUGCCGGACAGUUGGAGCCGCGGGCGUUGGGGAGACAUGCCUUGGUUCUGAGGGCUGCUGUCAGGUAUCGAUGGCAGAUUCAUCCAGUGAUUCUGAUCACUUCCAUCGUAGAACUGGAAGACGGGGUCCUGUAAGAGCAACUUGUAAUAGAAUACGAAAUCAUGAUGAUGAAGAUGUUACAGAGAAGAUCCAUACUUUAGCAAGCACUUUACAGGAUACUAAUCGGAACCUGAGACAUGUGGACCAGAUGCUGGGCCAGUAUCGAGAGUACAACAAUGAACAGGCAGAAGCAAUUGCAAACCUUAAAGAAACACUGGAAGAGUCCAUAGGCCAAUUAAGGAGCCAACGAUUGAGAAAUUCUGGUAUAAGAAGUGCAUCUCUUUCAAGCUUAUAUGCAAGUGACCUGGAUGGUAGUGCACCAGAAAGCUGGCAUUUCCAGCCCACUUCUCCCCUCCGGGACUACAGUGAGACACUGGGUACUAGACGCCGAAGGUCUAGGUCUGCUGUCCGGUUUGUUGACGAAGGAGAUAAUCUGAACCAGCUGCACUCUUUGCACCAGUCACUCAGAGAUCUCGGCAGAGGACAGGUUCGUUUGGAAGACGACUUCAGCAGAGAGCUUUCAAGAAGAAAUCGAACCGAUGCAGAAACAAAAAGGAUCUUGGAGGACUUGUCUGACAGAGUUGGUGAAUACCAAAAACAGGAAACGGUGUCAGAACGGGUAGAAAAGAGGCUUCAGGAGAUAGAACGAGAAAUCCGCGCAGAAAGGCAGCUGGUAGAGAGACGUCAGGAUCAACUGGGACACAUGUCUCUGCAUCUGCAGGAGGCUUUACAACAAGAUGCUAAAGCUAAUGAAGUGGAACUGGUCUUGAAAAAUAAACUACUGAAAACUGAAGGUGAAAAAAACAAACUGGAGCAGGAGCUGGAGCACUCCCAGAGGAAACUGGAUCAGUCAGAAAACAGUCGGGAAACGCUUCUCCGCCAGAUUGAGGAUCUCCGUUCCCAACUCCUUAGAGCAGAAGAGGAACGUCUGCAUCUGCAGCAUCAAAUUUCCCAGGCUGCCAUACAUCACCAGAGCCGUCCAGAGGAGCAGGAGGAUGACCGGAGGAAACGAAGAGUGGCUGAGAGAUCUGAUCCAGAGAAACAAGAGAUGGAGAAACAGAUUUGGGAACUGAGAGCAAAGCUAAAUCGCAGUGCAGUCAUGUCGGAGAUAGAGGAGUUAAGGCGAUGCAUAGAGCGCAAGGACAAAGAGAGAGCUCAGCUUGGAAUGCAAGUAGAGGUUUUAACAUCUGACUUGGAAAAGAGGGAAGCCCAGCAGCAAAGGAUGCUGGGCCAGCUGAAAGAGAUACAGAGCAGCUACAAGGCCUGUGAACAUGAGUGCCGGACUGCAGAGCUGCAAGUUACUGAGUUGUCUCAGCAGCUAGAGGAGUCGACCAAGGCAGCAGAGAGGUACCUAGCUGAAUUCAGGCAAUCGGAAAUACUCAGGCUAGAGAAUGAGAAGAAGAAGGAGGAGUUAAAACUGAAAGCUCAGGAAUCAAUUAGACACUGGAAGCUAAAGUGUAAGAAACUGGAACGUGAAGUAGAAAAACAGAUGGAGCUUCGUAACCAGUUGACGGAGAACAACAAUCUGGUCCUUAAAGAAAAAGAGGACUCGAAGGGUCAGCUUCUUUCAGCUAUGCACCAGAUGGAAAAUCUUCAGAGGGAGCUGAGUGAUGUGCUUGAGAAGAGGGCCAAACAAGAAGAGGAGCUGCGUCGUAAAGAAACAAAGCUGAGUGAAACCAAAUCAUUGCAGACGGCUCUUGAGCAAGAGAUCAGGCAUCUUAGGGAAACUGCCGAUAAACUGGAGAGUGAACUACAAAAGCAGAGCCUAAUACAGAGCCAGAUAAAAAGUGAUAAACAGCAUUUGGAAGAGGAGCUUGCAAAUGCUAAGAUGCUCCAUGAAAAAGAUCAAUCCAGACUUCUAGAAAUGCAAGCGGUUAUAAAAAAUCUGAGUGCUAUUCGGGCUGAACUGACUCACCAAAUAGCAGAAGAGGAGAAAGCCAAGAAAGAGAUACGCAAAAACUUGACAGAUCUCCAGAAACAUCAGGAGUCUAGUCAGGAAGAGAUGGCUGCAACCAAUAAUCAGCUCAAGCUGGAGAGAGAUGUCCACCAGCAGGAGUUAGCAGAACUUCAAUCAGAGUUGCAACGGGUGAAAGCCAAACAUGAACAACAUGUCCAAGAGAUGAUGAAGCGCCUCAGCCAGGAAAAGGAGGAGGCGGUCAGUCAUGUUGGAAUAUUGAAGGCAGAACUUGUAGAAGAAAAAAAUUUGGUAAAAGCUCAGCGUCGACAGGUGGAAAAAAUGAAAAUUGAAUGUGAUAAGUUGAUAGAGGAAUUAACCCAUAAAGAAGAAGAAAAUGCAAAAUUUAGAAGAAAAUACCAGCUAAUGAAACAGGAACUGGAUGAAAGGGAUAAAAGGAUAAAUAAUGAAGAUGAUCACCGAAGGCGGAUAGAGGAGAACAGAUUACAGCUUCAUGAUCAACUGCAGUGUCUUCAAACUGAACAGGAAUCCAUCCUCUCUAUGAUAGGAAAUGAAAUUGAUACAGCUUGUGAAGUUCUCUCAAGAGAUUCGGUGGAGAAAUUUAAAGCAAUAUCACUUACACCUGCAAUACAGACUGACCCUCAUCGCUGGUUGGCAGAAACAAAGACUAAACUUCAGUGGCUAUGUGAAGAAGUGAAAGAGAGGGACGCCAAGGAGAAGAAGCUGCGCCGUCAACUACUGCAGAGCCGAGAGCAGCUUAAGCAACUGACCCUGAGCAAAGAGAUGGAGUGCCAAACUCUAAUGGGUCAAAUGGAAAAGCAGGAGCAGCUCCUGGAUGAGGUUUACCAAGAGAAGAAAGAUCUGCUGGAGAAGACCCUCAAGAAGGAGGAAGAAAUAGGUGCUCUACAGGAGCGAAUAACAGCAUUAGAAACUAGUACUCGAGUGGCCUUGGAUCAUCUGGAGUCUGUUCCUGAGAAACUGAACCUUUUAGAAGAUUUCAGAGAUUUUGGAGAUUCUCGCAGCCAACCAGAAAUUCUGGAAAAGAGAUAUAGUCAGUACAAGGAAAUUAUGGGCUCCUUACAGCGGCAUCUGGAAGAUUCAAAGCGCAGACUUGAAGACUUUAGGGAUAAGAAAACGGGUGCUGAUAUUUCUUCUAUACUCAGUGCAUCUUCCAACUGGCGAGCCAACACUAGUUUUAUGUCCAGCUCCUUGCUUUCCAAUUCAGGAUCAUUUACCAAAAGUACUUUCCCCUUGCAUUUAAAUAAAACUAAGAAAGAUGCCAUCAGUGUGACUGUCAAUGGGAUGAAGCUACGGACAGAAAAAGAGAAACACUAAAUCAACUAAGGAAUGUGCAAUUUCACUGUAAGAAAUUCAGUUCUGCAUCACUGUUUGAGUCUGGCUGCAGUCAAGUACAGCUGUAUUUACACAAGCAAUGCAGAUUCCUUGAUUAAACAGAUGCCAAAUACUGACUGAAAACAGCAUCACGGUUGUGUGUUUGAAGUGAAACGAGUCGAACUUGAAGAUGCACCAUGUACUGUAAAAUGCCAAAGUUCUUGUGGUAUGAAUCGCUAUCCUCCUUGCUUUGUUUCCAUCAAUCCCCAACCAAACCCUCAUGCCAUUUGUCGAUUUAUUUUAUUGAGAUAAAAACAAACACCCAAACUCUACAAUGUGUACCUUUAUAAUUUUUAAGGUCAGAGGUGUGAUUAAAUUUUGGUUGAACAAUGUGAAUAAAAUACAAGCACACUUUUUCAAAUCAGGAAAUGGUUAAUAGAAAUUGCUUUGUGUAUAAAUAAAGUGUUUUAUAACAUAACAUAGAGAUGUGCAUGUAUAAUGACAUUUUACAACAAAGGUGCCUCAAACGAUGCAUUAUGCAAUGAUUACAUUAUUGUGCUUAAUAAUAGAAUGGUUUAUAUCUGAAACAAUGACCCGAAUUUCCUUCACUUUGGGGGAAGUUUGGAUUACAUUCCAUAUUUCAUUCUGUUCGUGACUGCUCUGUUUGUUGAUCCAAGCUCAGUGAAGAACAUAACCUAAUCCACAUUUCCCCCAAACCUGGAGGACAUUCAGUUAAAUUCUUGUUAUAAACUGCUUCUAUUCUUAAGCAUUAGAAUAAUUUUCUUGCUAAACCCUAAAAUAUUUUAAUAAUGUAAUGAAAUGUUUUACUUCCUCCUUGGGAGAGGAGAUCUGGAGUCACAAUAUGUAAUUUCAUGCUACAAACUUGCCAUAACCUCCUAAGGACACCUGUAAUUUAAUAAUCAGGUUGAGAACCUUUGGCAGGAGAGGUUGGUUUAUAUGAGCACGCAACCAUUUAAAAAGCAGUUUCUAAUAAUCAGGCCAUUUCCUCUCUUGCUUUAUUAAGUUUAUUGAAAUGUCAUCUUAACUUUGAAGUGCUAAUGGCAAUAUACAAUACUUUAGCCCUAUAUUGUGGCCUUUGCUGAUGAAAUCAGAUAUUUCCUUUCUUAAAAGUUUCUAAUAAACCCCUAUAACAGCC